UCCUGCCGAUGCUUUAGUCGUGUACAAACUGGUUGGUGUAAGCUAGCUUGCUAGGCUACUAGGUAGACGGAAGCCGACAUGGUAGCAUAACUUGUCGUAUUGAAAGCUAGCUGAAGUUAUGGGCGGUUCGCCCUUUUUCAGAUCCGAUUAAGUGCUACCGGUGAGAGCUACGGAAAGUGUCUGUUAGCUGUCAGGUAGCUGAAAGCGGUGACACCGGAUGAGAAUAUACCGUUUCGUUUGAAACGGGCUGGUGGAUGAAUAGCUUUGUGUUUUUUUUGUUUUGUUUGUUCAAAUAUAGAAGCUUUGUCCACGAGAAAAAUCCUGGGCAAACAAAGGGAGAAGUAAACGGAAAAACUGAAAUGUCAGGUGACGUCCACCGUUGAAAUGUGUGUUGACUGUGACGCAUAGUUAGCUAGUUAACUAGCCCUGCGACGGACUGGUGUGCCUGGCCAGCUUCAACUUCCUUAGCUUUAACUUACCUAGCUUUUUUUUUUAAACAACACAGAAAGACAUGUCACCGGGCGACAACCCUCACGUUUUACUAGGAAGGAUUCGGUUUCUGAACAAAUGCAUAGAUUGUUUCAGGAAGAGCGAAGCUGUGCCCGAGUGCCUAUGUUUCGUCCCAAAAGAGGUAUGUUAUAAAAUCUGCAAAGAUUCGUCAUCCAAUUCAACCGCUUCGUCUAGUACGUCCACCGCCAACUCAUCCGUCGGUAAGACCCUGGUUUCAGUUUGGGAGAGCCCCCAUCAAGCUCUCCACAGUAAGAAGCUAUGCAAGUGCAACAUCGAACCAAAGAAAGGGACAUGUAUUCGGACAACAGGAGAAGAGUAUUGCAACAGCCACGGCCUGUGGGUUAAAAUCAACAAGGAUCAGUUGGAGGAGCACCGCGUGGGUCAGGAGUGUGAGGAGGGCUGGGUCUUGGUCUGUAAACACACGGAGGGAGGAGAUCGACUGGUACCUGUUGAAUCACCUGAGACACUCGGCAGACACCAGCAGCUCUUUGGAUAUGACCACAAGCCCUGUGACAGGUGGGAACAGGUGGUGGAUGUAGAGAGUUCUCUUCACAUCGGCUCUAAACCCAAGGUCGCGGAGCGUGAUGAAGCAGCUGUUCAGAAGCUCAGAUAUGUUCCUCCCACCUGGACUUUUGAAUAUGACGAGGAUCUGGUGCAUUACUUCUACGACCACAUCGGAAAGGAGGAUGAGAACCUGGGCAGUGUCAAACAGUGUGUCACCAGCAUUGAUGUGUCCUCCUGCUCAGAGGACCCUAGUGGUGGGGCAGGUUGCCUGACAGAUGGAGACACAGAGACCUACUGGGAGAGUGAUGGGAUGCAGGGACAACACUGGAUCAGACUGCACAUGAAGAGAGGCACCGUAGUCAAUAAGCUGAUCUUGACGGUUGACUCAACCGAUGACAACUACAUGCCUAAAAGAGUGACUGUGUUCGGAGGGGAAGGAGACAAUCUGAAGAAGCUCAGCGACGUCACCAUAGACGACAAUCUGAUUGGUGAGGUGUGUGUGCUGGAAGACAUGACGGCCCACCUGCCUGUCAUUGAGGUUCGCAUCGAGGAGUGCAGGGACGAGGGGAUAGACGUUCGGAUCAGAGGGCUGAAGAUCAAGUCGUCGUGUGAGAGAGACCUGGGGCUCAACGCUGACGUGUUUCAGUCUCCUAACCUAGUGCGUUAUCCUCGACUGGAGGGUACCCUGCCUGAUGUCCUCUACCACAGGGCCCUGGUUAUACAGAGGUUCAUCUCGCUGCUGGACAGUCUCCUGCCCCACCUGGUUCCAGCCUGGGACUACAGCCUGGCCACCUUCAACCACAUCAAGAGUAUCAAGCCGUUCCUGCUGCUGUCCAAGCGUCGCUCGGCCCUGAUCACCCAGUGUCUGAAGGACUCCGAGACCAGCAAGCCUAACUUUAUGCCCCGGCUCUAUAUCAACCGUAGACUGGCCAUGGAGCACAGAGACAACCCCUCACUGGACCCUACUGCUAAGAACGCGGUCUUCACACAGGUCUACGAGGGUCUGAAGCCAUCCGAUAAGUUUGAGAAGAUUUUGGACUACAGGUAUAGAGGUGGUUUUAGAGACAGUCUGGCAGACAUGUCUGAAGAGCUGUGUCCCAGUUCAGCAGAGUGCCUCCUGCCUUUACCCUUCUUCAACAGGACAUCUAACCAGGGAACAGGCGAGGCCAGAGACCACUAUGUUCCCAACCCGUCCUGCAGAGAGUUCCACAAGUUUGAGUGGAUCGGACAGCUGAUGGGAGCCGCUCUCCGAGGAAAAGACUUCCUGGUGCUGGCUCUGCCUGGUCUGGUGUGGAAACAGUUAACAGGGGAGGCUGUCAGCUGGAGCAAAGACUUCCCUGCUGUUGACUCUGUCCUGGUCAAGCUGCUGGAGGCCAUGGAGGUCAUGGACAAGGAGACAUUUGACUUUAAAUUUGGGGAGGAGUUGGUGUACACUACCCUGCUGAGUGACGGCAGACUGGUAGAGCUGCUACCAGGCGGCAGCAAUCAGGUGGUACGGUACCAAGACCGCAGGGAGUUCAUUCACCUGGUCCAGAAGGCACGCCUGGAGGAGAGCAGACACCAGGUCUGUGCUAUGCAGGCGGGGCUGGUGAAGGUAGUGCCUCAGGCCGUGCUGGAUCUGCUAACCUGGCAGGAGGUGGAGAAGAAGGUCUGUGGAGACCCGGAGAUCACCGUGGAGGCACUCAAACGACUCACUCGAUAUGAGGACUUGGAGCAGACUGAUGUCAGGGUACAGUACCUGUGGGAAGCUCUCAUGAACUUCACUAAUGAGGACCGCAGCCGGUUCCUGAGGUUUGUGACGGGGAGGAGCCGUCUUCCUGCUCCCAUCUACAUCUUCCCUGACAAACAAGGCUCUGAGACUACAGAUGCAUUGCCACAGUCCUCCACCUGCUCCAGUACCCUGUAUCUACCCAACUACCCCAGUGCAAAAGUGUGUGAGGACAAGCUGCGCUAUGCUGCCUACAACUGUGUUGCCAUCGACACUGACAUGAGUCCCUGGGAGGAGUGACCACGCCCCCUGCCACGCCCAUAUAGCAGUUUUAUGCCACGCCCACCUGUAUUUAUGCAGCAUUUAUUACAAGUGGGGGGGAACGCCGAAAAUAGUACUUGUAAACUGGGAGCAACAAGUUGUGUGCAUUCAUGUGCUUUGAACUUACCGAGACCGCUGAUUGGCUAAUGUAAUGAACGCAGAAUUAGCAUCACUAUCUGAAGCUGCUGCCAAAGCCUAUUAUCAUUUAUAAACUGGGUGGUUUGAGCUCUGAAUGCUGAUUGGCUGAAAGCUGUGGUAUAUCCAACUGUAUACCAUGGGUAUGACAAAACAGAUUUUUACUGAUCUAAUUAUGUUGGUAACCAGUUUAUAAUAGCAAUGUGAUUUAUGGCCAAUAUACUUCAGUGUAGGGCUGUGUCGCGUCGUGUCUAAGAACAGCCCUAAGCUGUGGAAUAUUGGCCAUAUACCACAACCCCCCUCGGGCCUUAUUGCUUAAGUAUACCAUAUCUACAACGGUGCCAACUAUUUACAGCUGUACUGUAUAUAAUAAACUAAUGUGGAAGAAA